AUGGCACCGUUUUUAGCUGGAAGGCGCCACGGUGCCACAGCGUUUUUGCUUGGAGCGUUUCGCUCGCGAUCUGUGAGGUCGAUCGAAUGGGUUCACCAGUUCGACCGCGUCCAUCCUUUAGAAACGCCUCCGGCCACAGCGGUUGGACAGACUGAGAAAAAUGAAUGGUCACAUCGUCCGCUGACAACGCUGAAGUCAUGCCUUCCCUCUCCCCCUCCAAUUUUCCGUAUCCGGGCUCCCGCUUCUACGCGAACCUGCGGGCGACGAGUCGCAGAACCUACGAUACGAUCUCCUGGUGCUUUUGGACCUCACUGUUGGAAAUCUGCACAAAGCAUCUCGUUCCACGCGGGAGAUUUUUCCACACACGGCGGCUGUGCAAGGAGACUUUGCACCAACGCGGCUCCGCAAGGAUCGGAUGGUUGCGCAAUUGCUUCCCAGCGCGACGGCGGGCAAUACCUCUACGUGCCAGUCCUGAUCGUGGGUGCGGGACCAAUUGGCCUUUCUCUGGCGUUGCUGCUUCGCCGCAUGCGGGUUCCUUUCCUCGUGGUUGAACGCGACGAAGAGGCGCGCUGUCAACCCAAAGCGCACUAUUGCAGCAGUCGAUCCAUGGAAGUUUGGAGAAUGCUUGGCCACUUGGAUGAGGCCAUGGAGAAUGAAGUUCCUUCACUGGAUGUCUGGAAGCACUUCUCCUACUGCACCCAUCUCGUCGGCUCCAGCAACCACCCGCGGCCAAAUAUCGCGGCGAGAGACCACUUCAGCAAUGCCUACACAUUCAAGCUGCCGGAUGGGAGAACAAGGUACUUCGAAAGCGAGAGUCCUUGUCGCGUGAUGCAUUUGCCACAACAUAUUCUUCUGCCGCUUCUCUACGCCCGUCUCCACUCUGGGGCUCGUCAAGAGUCUGAAGACUGCCUAGGCACGUGGUCAGCGCUACCGGCGCCUUCUCUCGCGCUCACGUCUCUGUCCACUCGCAACAAGCUUGCAGAGACAGAAUGCAUGCGCCGAGAGGAGCCUUUUGACUUCGGAAACCGGUCCUCUGUCGCCCAUAAACACUCCCCUGACUCGUCUUCACCCGAACAAUCGCCUCGCGCCUUUUCACCUGACAGUCCAGAGAUUCUGUUUCGAACCAAGUGGCUGUCGGCCACAACUGUUGAGAAGAAAGGAGACAGGUUCUCUCGCCCUGCGGCUCAAACCCAGUCUCUCCCCGAUCCCCGCCCGGCAAGUUUCGUCAGGUCGAAGCUGCUGAGUCGCGCACUCGCGGGGACCAAUGCCCCGCAAGAAAUUCAGGUUGACAGCGCCUUUGUGGUUGCGUGCGACGGCGCGAAUUCGGGUGUCGCUACACAGCUUCCAGGGUAUCAUCGAGAAGGGGUGGACUGCCUCCAGCGUCUGGUGAACAUCACUUUCAUCUCUCGGCACCUGGCGGCUCUGAUUCAGAGCCAUGAAGUACUCCGAACCCAGGAUGACACUCCAUCUCGCUCUCCAAGAUCCACAGUCAUAUCCUCGGCCACGCCCCCACCGUCGAUGCUUUACUACGUGAUGAAUGCGGACGUCAUCGGCGUCGUUGUGCUCCACAGUUUGUCCCGCGGCGAGUUCGUGGCCCACAUUCCCUUUUUCGCGCCACAUGAGCGCGCGCGAGAAGACUUCCCUGUCUCCGUCUGCGAAGAAAUUGUCCACCGCCUCGCGGGACUCCGACUCCGAGAUGUGCGGAUCGUCGAGGCACGCGGAUGGACCAUGGCUGCCAAAGUGUCAAAUUCGUUCCUCGGGUCUUUUCCUCUCGACGGUGCUUCUCCCAACUCAGGGCAGAACCUAAGCGAAGAACGCGGUCGGCAUUGUGAAAGCUUGAGCUUUGCCGCUCGUGAAGGUGGAACCGAACAGAAGGGUAGAGAGGAAACAAAAGCCAAUCUGUCUCUGCAUCGAAUUCUCCUCGCGGGCGACGCAGCGCACCAACUACCUCCCGCUGGCGGCCUGGGCAUGAAUCUCGGGAUGGGAGAUGUCGUCGGACUCGCUUGGCGCCUCGGGCAGCUUUACGCUCGCAGAAACGCCGCGUUUUUUCCACAGGGAGAGUCAGAGGAAGAGAACUUGGGCAAGCAGGGAAGAAAAGAAACGCGCGGGACGGAACUGGAAGCGGAGGUCGAAAGACAGCACGACAUCGGGGGACGCAAGGCGAGAGCAGACGAAGAAACCGCUAGAAGACUGCUGCAGAGUUACGACGAAGAGCGAAGACUCGUUGCCAAGUACACAUGCAGCGUCGCCGUGGACAACUUCUCCCGAGGCUUGAACGCGCCGUCAGAACUAGGACUGGACUGGUCGACAGGCCAGGCUCUUUCUUCUUGCCUCGACGAGGCUGCCCAGACAGUCGCGCGAUUUUUUUCGCAUGCAAGAUCGGAUUUUGUGUCUCUGAGGUCUGAGGAAGCUUCUGGCGAACAAGCUCGCCUCUCCCCGCUCCUCCCUCCAGAAGCUCCUCAAGCUCCUGCUGCUGUCGCCAAACGGAUUCUUCAGUUGGCUCUUCAGACUGGGAGGCAGCAGGUGAUGCUCUGCCAACGGUGGCUGCCACAAGUUUGGGGCAAACGUGUGGAGGCAGUUAAGACGAUUCUUCAAGAUGAAAAUCGGAAUUUGAGUCUCCACUACCCCGGCGCCGAUCUCGCUUACGCGUACACGGCCUCCCAGCUGUAUCGACACUCCGAUGCUGGCCGCUCCCACUCCGGGCCUGCUGUCAUGGUUUCGGAGUCCCCCCUGGCGUAUCGGCCGACCAGCUGGCGAGGGUGUCGCGUUCCGCAUGCGUGGCUCUAUGCGGCCUCGCCUGGCGGCGUAUAUUCGGAGCGAGGAAGCGACGGCCAGACUGAGAGAAAAGUCUUUCGCCUCUCGACGGUCGACAUCCCUCUCCUCCAUGACCCUCCAUGUGCCUACUCCUUCCUCUUGUUCUCUCAACACCAUCUUCCCGCUGUUGUCUCCGCCCUCCGAGCUCACCAUCGAGGACUCCAACGUCAUUCUUCUUUCCGUUCUUCCUCUUCCUCUCCUUCGUCGUCUUCUCGUGGUGGGGGGUCGCUCUCUUGUACAGAAACCGGCUGCUUCGCUCAGGCGUUCUGUGUGUGCUGGGAGUCUGCGGGAGACCGGGAUUCGCUCUUCGAAUCGGCGGAGUGCGUUCGACUCGAUCGGCGGCCUCUGGUGUUGGACGGCGCGCGUCUGAGUCGACUGGGCCGCCUCUCACUCGCCUCGUUGGUCGGAGAAGAGAGAGAAGAGAACGGGGAACUGAAGCGACAGGAAACAAACGAAUCGAAUCCACGAGACACCACGGCGGUUAGAUGGCUGUGGAGUGCAGACUCGACGCGAGAGAAAUUUCUGGAGCUCCUUCGAGAGGCGCGCGUGAAGGACGGCGCCGAGCAAAUUUCCGUGGAAAACCUUCUUCUUGUUUUGCGGCCAGACGGCCACAUUCUUGAAGUCCGGCAUCUCCAGCCGACAGCGAAAGCAGGCGUCGAGACAGCUGUGGAGACACUGCAGGGAAGCAGCGCAGCAGAGAAGCACAACGCACCCACAAACACACGCGAGAAGUUGGAAGAAACGACUCAACACCAGACUGUGGAAGCCGUUGUAAAAGAUAUUCUACAGAGGCUCGCUUAA